UUAGGUUGGCUCCCUCCCUCUGUUCAUGACGUCCUCCUCCAGGCUGAAUCGCUUCAGCACACUCCGCCACAUGGGCAUCGACACCGGGAAAUGCUCAUCGAGGGAGGCAGACACACCGGCAGCAGCCGACUCGGUCGUCCACAGGCCGAUGUCCCCCCUGUCCAUCCACAUAAAGGCUGCGACGGUAUCGGUGGGCCGAAAGCCGCUCACAAUCACAUAACGAUGGUCAAUCGGAUCGGCCGUAUUGAGGUCCCCGCGGUCAAAGCGGCAGUCAGCCGUGAUGCCCAGCUGCUCCGACAUGUCGCCAGCUGUCACCAGCCUCUGAUAGCGGGGGUCGUCACGGUCGAUGUCUGCAAACAGCACCUCCUUGAAGACCACCCCCGCUUCAUCAGGCCACCGCAUCAGAGGCCUCGUGGUGAGGAAUGCCGUGAAGGAUGGAUGAAGCCAGCGUCCCCGGCGGAUUGCCGGAUCGCUCUCUUUGUAUGUGCUGCGGUGGGGAUGGUCGGCCGGCAGCUCAGCCAACGGCACCACCCGACACGAAUAAUCGCCGAUCCGGUACUCUCCCUUGGCGGCUCGCCGCAGCGCCAGGCUCUGUCCUCUGUGUGUCACCUGAUGUCCGAUCAGCCGAUAGAUGGCCAUCAUCACUGGCACCGAAUCAAAGGCCGCUCGGCUGCACAGGUGAGCCACCGACAUGGUCAAGGGCAGCCCAUUCGGGGUCAGCCGACAGAUGGCGGCCAGCCGGACAGCCAUGCCCAUCACACGCCACUCACUGCCGCCCUGCUCCAACACAUAAAGGCAUCGCACCAAGUAGCCGAAGUGUGUCAGCCUGUUUGCACGUCGACAGGUAAGCCGUCUUGCAAAUGCCAGCAGUGAGUGACGGACGACGGCAACAAAGCCACUAGGCUGAUCGAUAUCGCCAGCAACAGCAGAGGCGUUGCGGUUGACAUCAACAGUGCCACUCAGUUCGUGGCGGCCGAGGUAUGUGUCGAUGCGCUGCAGCAGCAGGCCAGCCGUGAUCAGAGCCGCCUUGGCACUGCUGGUCGCUCGCAGGGCAAUGACGUCACAGAUGACAAGGGAGGGCAGAAUCCGCUCACGCCAGAGCUCCUCAGGCACCAGAUCACACAU